AUGAAAGCAGCCAGCGAGGGCAAAACGGUUCCACCCCUUGAUCUUCGGUAUUUGGCCCGGAACAAUGAACACACUGCACAAAAAGAUCAGACUCGGGGAGAUGUGGCAUCAUUUCUGCAUCAGCUCUUUCACUCCUGCGCCGAGACUCUUCCGGAUGUCCGUGACGAUCCUCUGAGUCUUCAGGAAGAAGUGGAUUUGGCAGAUUUGGAGGCUAAGAAUGGGGAGCCGGAUUUGGAUCCUUAUGCUCAAAAGUUAGCAGCGGUUGCCAGUGGUAGGGAAGUCUUGCCUGCCAGAGAGGAGAAGGUUGUCAAAAAGAGAAAGUUGCGGAAAGGCGUACGUAUGGCUAUCCGAUUUUCCCACUUGCGUUUUCGCAGCCGGUCUCAACACGGAGAAUGCUCGACAUGCAUUCGCCACAAGGCGAUGGUUCGCCGUUUGGCUGGCCACUUGACUGCUCGCAAUCUUCAGCAGCAGUACUACUUCGAACAUCUCCAGCAUCAAUAUGCCGACAGACUCUGCUAUUGGUCAGCCAGAGGCGAAUCUCGCCACAAAGGACUCAGUGUUGUUAUGAUCACCGAUGGUAUGGACCAGGCCAAGUACGCGCUACCUAGAUCUGAGAUCAUGAAGUCAAAAGAAUUCGGACAAUUCCAGAGACCACGCCUACAUAUCAGUGCUUUGAUAGCGCAUGGAUGGUUCAUCAUAUUCCAGGUGUCCCCAGCAGAUCUUCCAAAGGACAGUAACAGUUGCAUUGAGCUCAUCUCCCACAGCUUGACAAUCUUAAAACGAAAAGGGGCACCUUUGAAGGAGAUGCACGUGAACGUGCAAAGCGACAACACGUGUCGCGAGUGCAAGAAUUCGCUCAUGUUGAGAUACAUGGCUGCCUUGGUAUCCUCGAAUGUGGUCGGCUCUGCGGCACCCACGCGCGGCUUCUAUGUGGCAGCUGUCCCUGUGGCGGUAAAGGGCAUGUUUGGCCCAGGGGCACCUCAUGUAUUCUUACUGCAACGUCGAUGUGACGCAGGACCCCAUGUCCGGCCUCUUUUUUCAUUGUCAAAUAUUUUUCACAAGCCAAUGCAGGACUUUCUGCCGAAGAAAUCGGGCAUGCAUAUUGGAAGAACUGCACCCCACAUCCUGGAGAUGUUAUCCUCAGGCAGGCUGGUUUCGUGCCAGAUUGAACGUUUUUUUUUUUUCGACCAUGGUGCUUUGAAGUCAUUGUGA